UCUGGAACCACAGCUUCUUCUUCAAGAUCAAACCUUUCUUUCUUCUCCUUCUUCUUCUAUUCUCCCCACUUCAAAUCCAAUUUUCAAUUGUACGUACACGCAGACAGUAACCCUUUCUGGAACCACCAGCUGCUUUUCCAAGAUCAAAUCUUUCCUACUUCUCCUCCUUCUUCUUCUCCGAUUCUCCCCAAUUAAAAAACUGGAGGCUUUUGAUUCCUAUGGAGAACAUGAAGCAAUUUGUCAUACGAGAGUUGGUGAUAUUGAAGUAUUAGUGGACAACAUCUUGAUGAACCUGCCUGUGAAGAACAUAUGCCAAUGCCAACUGGUCUCUAAAUCAUGGCAAACAAUGAUAGCUGAUUCUGAGUUCAAUCACAUGGUAUGCCAACGUAAUUGCCCGGUUAGCAUAUUUGUCAAAUAUGUUGAUUUUCCCCAGACAGUAUGCAUCAUUCAUUACUCUAGUGAUACUAGUUAUUCUGUGGAAGAAUUUGAUCUCCCAAGUGGUUUCAAGGAAAUUCUGGGCUCUUGCUAUGGACUGAUAUGUCUAGGGGAUGAAGAACAGCAGAAGCUAUUGUUCUUGAAUCCAUUUACUAGGUGGAUUCAAAUCAUACAAGAACUGGGAGAUACCUCUGGAAACUAUGGAUUUGGAUAUGACCUGACUAUUGAAGAUUUCAAACUAGUCAAGCUAUUGGACAAUUUCUCUGCUCCUUAUGACACAAGAAGAGUAAUGAUCUAUUCAAUGAAAGAUCAUUGUUGGAGAGAGAAAUCAUAUGAAAGUUGGCAAUUUAAAUUGGACCCUUCAGCUGCCAAUUUCGUCGCUGAUAAACUAUAUUGGAGAGGGUUUUUAUUGAAAACUCCACAACAACAAGUAGUAGAAGAAGAUGUGCUGAUCACUUUCAAUAUCUGCAGCGAGACUUUUGGAAGAGUUCGACUACCUGAAGAACUUUGUGGGCGGUAUGUAACCUUUGGAGUGAUCGAGAACAAGCUAUCUGCUUGCCUCUCUGCUCAAGACAUCUCCAUAUGGUUCUUGAAUGACGAUCAGUUUCAAAGAAGCAUCACUUUGGCCAACUACAAAGCAAAUCUUCAUUGCUUAGUGCGGCCAUUAUAUCUACGAGGCAAUACCAUCUUUCUUCUUCGAGCCAAAAGGAAGAUUACCAAAUAUAACAUCACUGAAGACUCUAAAGUUCAGAUUUUGGGGUUUAACAAGACACCCGUUAGCCUUCAAGCUUUGGGUUUCGGUCUGAUGUCGGAACCUAAAGCGAGAAUGGAAGCCAUUGGUUUUGUUCAAAGCUUAUUUCCACUAGUAUGCCAAAGGAAUGGAAAACAUGAUGAUGAGCCAAGUAAAGAAAUUUCAAAAAGAAGAAAACUGUGUCCCUGUUAGUGAGAAACUGAUGUCAAGACAAUGCUUUGAUGGGUUGGGGUUGACAGUUAAAGAUCGGUGAUAGAUGAUGCUGAAAUGGGCUGACUUGCUCUAUUGUUCUGCAGUUCUUGAUGAUAGAUGUUAGUUUUCUGGAACAAAGUGUUCCUUUGAUUGUUGUAGCUUAUAGUCUCUAUUUUUUCUGGAAUCCUUGAUAGAUUGAUAUUGCUUCUGUGGAACAAAGUGUUCCUCGGGUCAUUGUAGCUUAAGCUAGCCACCACAAGUGUGUCAAGCUCUGACACACUUGUUGUUGCUAGCUCAUUGCUACUUUUUUUUUCCUUUUGAUGUAAUAUGCUUA